CACAGAUGCGUUGAAAUUUUCUCAAUAGCGGCAUCUUAUCCAGUGAAAUAUUUAUCGGAUUUCAAGUGCGGGUACCUCCGUGCGAAAAACUUUCAGCGGUACAAGCGGUUGUGGGCAGUAGGAGGCUCUCGUUCAGUGGUAGCGGGUUUAAAUCUAGGAAAAAAUAGACGUCAGGAAAAAAUAGCCCGAGUCUCGUGCAUUCUAACACGUGUCGGCUUCGUGGUUCAUCUUUUCGUAGUCUAUUUGUUCCCUGAACUUUUCAAUUGUACUUCAAAAAGAGGGGAAGAUCCCGGCAAAUGAUGCGAUUAAUUACUACUCUGUUUUUAUUUAUUUAUACACUCAGGAAAAAAUUCUAACACUUUCAAUGAAGGAUAAUACUAUUUUUUUUUUAUUUUUGCCAGAUUUUGUAGAUCGAUUAAUGUAGUGAAUACUUCCCCCAGAUCGACGCCAUUUGCACUAUAAAAUGUAAAUAUAAAUUCUGAAAGUCAUAAAAACAUGAAAUUCAGAAAUUAAGCGAUAAUGGAGACAACUAAUUUUGUAUUCCUUCCGCUCGCCCCUCCCUUCGCGGGCCCAUACAAUAAGUAGUUACCGACGUCGACUCCGAGCUUACCGACAGUGAGAUAAUUCAGCGAGUCAUACAGUAGUGUUGACAAUUCCCCUGAAUUUUUAUAUUAAAUAUUCGAUCCAUUUUCCAAAGUUGAUUUGUUUAUUAUCAAUAAUAAGUGAAGAUGACGAGUUCUGUGAGUACGAAUCCAUCAACCCUCCUUCCUCUCGAGCUUGUGGACAAGUGCAUCGGAUCGAGAAUUCACAUUAUCAUGAAAAAUGAUAAGGAAAUUGUGGGGACUCUCUUGGGGUUUGACGAUUUUGUGAAUAUGCUCCUGGAAGACGUCACCGAGAGCGAGGCCACCCCGGAAGGCAGGAGAGUGACCAAACUCGAUCAGAUACUUCUCAAUGGAAAUAACAUAACAAUGCUGGUGCCCGGAGGAGACAUGCCAGAGACGUAAGAAAUCUCUCUGGGAAUUCCGUAAUUUAAGAUUGGGAUAAUGAUAGGAAGGAAGUGGCUACUCACCUAAUGCUCGAGAUGGUGUCCAACGAUGUGUCCUAGGAGGAGUCGACGGGGUCUCCGUAGUUGGAAUGAGAGGCCCCCAGGACCUCUUGUCACACGUACCCCGCUCAAUCAACAAUAUUUGGAGGAGAGGGAGAGGGUCCAGUGGGGGUUAGCACUAUUGUCCAGGCAAAUCGUAAAGGUUCGGCCCUUCCAAUCCCCCCGUUUUUCCUUUAAAACACCACGAAAUCGCCGGAAAUGCGUUUAAAAUGGUUUAGGCGACACGUUUUUGGGGGUGAGCUGGGCGUUAACGGACUUGACGACAAUUUCUGGCGUUUGGGAGUGAAUGUUUGACGCAGAGCAAUAUCAACACAUACGCGUGGCCACUGGCAACGGUUGACUGUACUCAACUGGUCGACCGGCACACUCGUUCGACUGACGCUGCUGUUGUCUGCCAACUUUUUUCCCCCUCACUGGAGAGUUCCGGAGAACCGCAAAAGUCUAAACUUCACGAGUUUAUUUAUACAAUGACCACUUACGAAUUUUUUUCGCAAUUUUUCACAAGUUUGCUCUAGCCCGGUGUACACUGGCGAACCGGCCUUUGAGACCUCGGAGACGUUGAUAUCCCCUCUGUGUGAAGGGCGCUUCGCAGGCUGGCCAAUUUUACGGUACAAGCUGUCUCACUCACUCCGACUUAGUGACUCGUAAUUCUCAGGGCUUUGGUCCUUAGUGUACGUGAAGGUGCGCGCGCGGGAGCGCGCUUAUCUUCUUUAUUUACGGCCGUUCAAAUUAUUGAAUGUAUAUCUUGUCUCUCUGAGAAUAUCGUGGAAGACGAGGAAUUCCAGUGAUUAUUUUUUUUUCUCUACAAAAGUGGGAUUUUUAUAGAUCUUUGUUUGAUAAAAAUCGUAUCUUUUUGAAAAAGAUUUUUCGUAUCAUUCCCUAGAAAAUUCAAAUCCUUUUGUAGGUCAAAAAAGUUGUUUUUCUUGCAUUUUUCAAUGAUUGUGAAAAAUAAGUGUAAAUUUUGUCAAGGCAUAGAGAACAAUCAUUUGCCAAAGUAACAAUAGCUCACACACGCAUGUGCACACAUUACCACUGCUCCGCCCUUUUGUUACUGGACCUCCAUUUUGGCAAGACUACACAGACACCGCAGAAACGGGUUUUGACACGUGCCACAGGCAAAAUCCCCGUUAUGCAUGAAUAAAUAAAUUUGUAAAAUGUUCCACGACUGUACUCCACUGAGAGCAGUGCUCGAAGGAUGUUCGAGGCACUGCAGAAUAAAUUUUCAACUUCUCCAAUAAUUUCCAUCCGUCAAAAUUAAUAAACCCUCCUCCACUUCAACUGAUGUAAUGAUUAUAAUUAUCUGGUAUAAAAAAUGAAAAGAGACCAUUUAAAAAAUUUACAUUACGUUUAUUGAUGAUGACUUGCUCUGUGCAAUGAUUCACGUAGUUUACGGUAUUCGAAAUUACAAAUUAAAUAAAAAAUAUGUACGUUGAAAUGAAACGUACACUGGAUUAAACUGGCAUGUUGUGUAUAUUCAUCUCGUGAAAUUGUUUAUUCCAUAAAAUUUUGUCGUUUGUCACUUGUUGAAUCGUUAUAAAAGACUACAAAAUGUGCUGCUAACCAGCUGUUUAUGAAAAAUUCAUAAUCAUCAAGUGGCAAAAGUUGGAUUUUCAAACGUCAAUUCGAAUAAUCUCACAUAUUUACUUCUUUUAUCUGAAAAAAAAUCAUGGAGAUUCAUACGCGACUGUCGUUACAGUAAACGUUACGUGUCCUAGUGACAAUUAUUGUAUUUUUAAGUAUAUAUAACCAACGUACAAAUUAUAAUGUCAUUAUACUAGGAAACGGGAGUUUAUUGUUUAUGUACAUACACAUCACGCGGCUCCAAAACACUGCGGAGGGUGAAUUCAAAGGGGAUAAUUGGGUGGAUGAUGGGGUUGCAGGGCCGCGGAAAAAUUCAAAAAAACCGAAAAAUAGGUAAAUAAUUUGAUAGUAUCGUUGGGGGAGAAGUCAAUGAACGUGGUGGUAUACCUUACGGGCAUUUUAUAUAAUAAAAAUGACAAGUAUUCCACAUUCUUACCAACUACUAGUAUCAACAUUUAUACAUAAUAUAAACGACAUUCCUCACAUACGCAAUUAGCGCUCGUUCACGAGCAAUUGGCCAUCUUAUAAAUUUUUAUAAAGGUGAACGCAUUCGACUGAAUUGAUUUUCAUCAUCAAUUGUUCAAUUGUUGGUUAAUCAACGAUAAUGAUAAGCUUGAUGGACUGAAAAUGAGACGCUAGGCCAAGAAAUAAGUUCAUCCAUGAUUUAUUAUCGUGAAUCAACUCCUGCCGUAUUCAUUAAUUUCGUUAGUUUUUUUUUUCAUUAACUUGAAGAAUAAACAAAUGAUUAUAUUAUUCACUACUUGAUUCAUUUAAUUACUUAGUAAAUUCGUUGCUGCUACUAUUUAUAUCAUUCGCUAAUUCAACGGUACGUGAAAUUAUAACGCGUUUAAGGAAAGUUGGGUGAAGUACUUGAUAUGCAGAUGAAAAAUAUUCCGAGAAAUAUUUCUUGUUAUUCCGGAAAAAGAUGGAACAGCUUUAGUGGAACAUAUUCUACGGAAAUUCCACAGCUCUAGUUUUCCAAUUUUUUUCGUAUUUUUUUCAAUGCAUAAAGGAGAAAAAUAGAGCGGAAAAAUCUCUGACCAGCCGUGCCCAGAAAUUUCUUUAGAAAAGGCCUUCACAAAAAACAAAUACAGGGAAAAAUGACACUCUAGUCAUUUCUGUCAAUCAUGUUCUCAUAUUUAAACUGCACUAGGUUGCUCUAUAAAUUUUGUUCGUACAUAAAUUGGUCAAUGGAUUUAUUUUCAAUGAUAGUGUAAUUAAUUGAAGUGAGAUCAAUGAGUAUCGGUCUGUCACUUUAAUCAGAAAAUCAAUUCAUAACAUUUUUUUUGAUCGUUCAUACCAAAACAAUUUUCGUUACACACAAAAUAAAACAGAAAAAUAAGUUCGAGAAUUAUUUACAAAUACGCGUAUUGCACUAGUCUAAAAGAGGAAAACUAAUCUGAUAAAUGGGGGAUAACUAAAUAGUUUUUCCAAUGACGGAGCCACAUGAGUGCAAUUGGAUUGGAUAUCAUUUAAAUUAUCGAGGAGAGAACAAAGAGGGAGAGGCAUAAAACUUUACAUCAUUGUGACAAGACCUCGUCCUGACCAUUUAAAAAAUAAUAAAAAAUAAUACGUUACGUUUUAUGCGAUAAAACCUUUGAGCUCAAUUAUCAUUUCGAUAAAGUAAAUAAAGAAAUUAGAUAAGAAUCACUGAAUCAUUAUUAUCGGUGAUAAUCAAGAUAAAACGACUGUCAACUGAAGUGUUAUUUCAUACGCGGGUGUCAGUCCUCAUUACAGAAGGACAUUUAAUUGAUUUUAUGACCUUAUUACAUACUGAUUAUUACCAGAGUUACAAUUACGUAAAAAUAAUCGUAUUGGGAUCGACCGUGUUUGAGUUAACAGAUAAUUCAAUUAAAAUUUCACAAUUUCACAUCUUUCUUUGGAUUACACAAUUCCAAUAAUAAUGACACUACACUGUUCAAUUUCCUCGUCGAAAUUUCAUGGAGAGUGAACGCAAGUUGUGAAUUUCAGUUCAAUUAUUGCACGAAAAAUCACAGAAAUCUGGUAUUAUAUAUUCUUUUCCGCACAUCUGAUUCAAUAGUCAAAUGUCCAUGAAAUCCCAAUAAUUUCCUGACAGUGUACGUAAUAAAUCUUUUAUUCCCAUUGAAUUCUUGCUUUUGUUACAGUCGAUCGGUCAGUCUGCUCCAAACGCUGGAGCCUCGAGAGAGUAAUAAAUUAAAAUAAACGAAAAAAAAAA